AUGGCGGAAGCAUCAAGCUACCAACAUCUUCAAGCUGGCGAGAUACGAUUGAUGGUCCUUCUGCCUGGGAAUGCCCGAGACCAGCUCAGCGUCAGACUAGUGACAUCGAGUCUUCAGGCAGAUGGGAGAGCAGCUGCAGCAGCAUACGAGGCUUUAUCCUAUCAAUGGGGGCCGCCUUCACCAGCACGGAUUAUCACCGUAGAUGGGCAACCUGUUGAGAUCCGCGAAAACCUUUAUAUGGCUCUCAUUGCCUUGAGAGAUAAGCAGUUUCCUCGCUGCCUCUGGGUAGAUGCUCUCUGUAUCAACCAGCGAAAUGAUGUAGAGAGGGGUAGUCAGGUUUCGAUUAUGAGCAAGAUUUUCCGUCAGGCAGCGAAGGUCCUUGUAUGGCUUGGAGCAGCGGACGACGAUAGCGAUCUGUUGUUCGAGCUCAUGGCUAAAGUUGAAGGAAGACUUGAUCGCUUGGAUAGCCUGAUCACCGUUUGGGGCCAAGCAGGCGUGGAUGUCUCUACCUUGACAAAACAGAGAAUUCAGUCAGCAUUCUUGUCUGUCAGCCGCCGACCUUACUGGACAAGACUUUGGAUUAUCCAGGAAGUGCUAUCGGCUUCUUCGAUCGACUUGCUUUGUGGUUCAAAAAUACUGCCUUGGGCGCUUUUCUCUUCCGGCCUUGAAGCUAAUGGAAAUCUGAAGAUUUCCCCAGAUAUCGAGUCUUGCGCAUUGACACCUGCCUAUGCCAUUGCGGCGAAACAGUCAUAUCACAAUCAUGUCUAUCCCAUCAGAGACCUCGUCCAACUAUGCGAUAUUUGUAAUUCACAAUGUGAAGAUGUUCGAGACAAAAUUUAUGGGCUGAUCAGCAUCGCGAAAGACUUCGACAUCGCUCCUGACUAUACCAAAAGUACAACAGAAUUAUGUUUAGAUAUAUUCAAAUACCUCAACCAAGAUCACCUUGCCGAAAGCACCCGCUCUCGCUAUCCGAGUAACAAGUACUUAGAUGAAACUUUGUUUCGGACCCUUCAACGCCUGCUGAUGAACCCUUUUUGGGACCCUGUGGAGUCAUGUUAUCCUGCUGUGGAUGAAGGUGUCAUGAGCACCUGGGCUCGAUCCAGUCGAUCAUAUACUGUAGUGAUUCACCAAUAUAGCGAGAUACUGAAAGUAGGCUCGGUGAUUGACUAUACGAGAAACAUUACGGAAUCCUCGAUAAUCCAGCCUAAGCCCCAACGGCUGACCAAUGGCACUAUGCUAACGCAAGACGCGAUAUCACGAAAGCUUUUAUCUCUCGCAACGCACGAAAUUCAUGAAACUACAGCUAUGCGGGAAGUUUACACGAGAUCAGGAAAUACUGAUGAGUAUAUUAAAAUCAAUGGCCCGACUAGGAGCACCAAUUCGAAUGGCAAAGUGAGGACGUUUCUGGGAUCAAAUGACGAAGAUGGGAUAGCAUUAUGUGAGAUUCAGGAAUCUGACAUGCUGUGUCUCGCCAAUGGCAUUGAAGAAUAUUUUGUCAUCCGGAUCGAGACUGAACGCAAAUUUGUCUUGAUCGGGCGAGCGAUACGGUUUUUUAUCGAGGGGCACCGACACAAAGCUCGCGAUGACGCAUAUAAUGCGAGGACCAGACCAUCUUUUCGAUGCAAAUUUAACUUGAACACUCUUUUCCUAUUGAAUAGAUAA